AUGUCCUCACAGUCCCACCACGGUCAUUCCGCGACGUCACGUCAAUUCCCCGUCUACAAUCCCGUCGCCGCAGUGACAGCACCUGCGGGGACCUUGCUUCCGGGCACUAAGAUCCAAGUCGGCGGCCAUCGCGUGGUAGUGGAGAAAUAUCUCUCUGAAGGCGGUUUUGCUCAUGUGUACGUGGUACGAUUGCCUCAGCCAGUCAAUGGGUCCGAAACCGCAGUGUUGAAGCGGGUGGCUGUGCCUGACAAGGCGGCCCUUGCCAACAUGCGCACUGAGGUGGAAACCAUGAAGAAGCUCAAGGGUCACCGGCACAUUGUGAAGUAUAUUGAUUCGCAUGCCUCGCAACUGCGCGGAGGUGGAUAUGAGGUGUUCCUGGUCAUGGAGUACUGCGCGGGCGGUGGUCUUAUUGACUUCAUGAACACCCGGCUUCAACACCGGUUGACAGAGCCGGAGAUUAUCAAAAUCUUCUCCGAUGUUGCUGAAGGUGUUGCAUGCAUGCAUUAUCUUAAACCGCCCCUCCUCCAUCGUGAUCUGAAAGUUGAGAACGUUUUGAUCUCGGGCAAGGGGAGUUCUGCCACCUACAAACUGUGUGAUUUUGGAUCAUCGGCACCCCCUCGUCCUGCUGCUACUUCUGCCGCCGAGGGCCGUUUGAUUGAAGAUGAUGUGCAGCGGCAUACGACACUGCAGUACCGAAGCCCGGAAAUGAUUGAUGUCUAUCGGAAGCAGCCGAUUGACGAGAAGAGUGAUAUCUGGGCACUUGGUGUGUUUUUGUACAAAUUAUGCUACUAUACAACCCCCUUCGAAGAGGUCGGUCAGAUGGCUAUUCUCAACGCGACCUUCAAAUACCCUUCCUACCCUUCAUUUUCGAGUCGGCUGAAACUGUUCAUUGGUUCAAUGUUGAAGGAAGAUCCCCGGAAUCGUCCUAAUAUAUACGAGGUCGUGCGCGAGGUGUGCAAAAUGCAAGGGAAGGAAAUUCCUAUCAAAGACAUCUAUUCCAACCGCUCUGUUUCGGAAGCGCGCAAGUACCAAGAGCUACCGCCUACACCUACGGAAGCUCCUGCGGUAGGCGCGGUAUUUUCGCCUCCGAUGCAGGAGACUGAGAUAAUCCCAGAGAUAGCGCCUAUGCGGCGUGGUCGACCUGGUAAAUCUCCGACGUCCCAGCCUAGCUCCGAGAGACCGAGUCCUUCACCAUAUCGAGCCGCUGCUGAAGGCUCGUCAAAUGAUCCGUUUGCAGCCCUGGAUGGGAGCGCAUCCCGAAGGAAGACGGCAGAGGAAAUGUCAAAACGGUUCCCCUCCCUAGACCAGUUUGACAUCUUGCAUGAAAAAGGGGACAAGUUUGAAUUCGAGCCAACUGUUGAAUCUAAGCCUGAGGACGAGGAUCUAUCCCGAAGACUCACCAACGCCCUAGCCGAUGAUGCUUUUGCCAGACGUGUCUCGCCCGAACGUGCGCCGAAGCCAGUCUAUAAGCGAACAUCCCAAACAUCUCCUGUCCGAGCACCUAAUUUGCGUGAAAUUCCCGCCCCCCAGGCUGUUCCCUUGUACCAGCCGACUCCUCAGCGACCCAUAAUGGUGUCGACGGGUACCAUGACCUCACCCAUCCAAACACCUCGUUUGCCGGAGCAAAAGCUGCUUAGUCGCCCAAUCUAUCGAUUCCCUUCGUCCGAUAAUGAACACAUAUCUUCCAGUGAGCCAUUCACAACCGAGGAGGAACAAAGAUCUAAUUCUGCGCGCCCCUCGAUGGAAACCUUGAGACGGCCUUCAACAUUAGAGGUAAAUGAACCCGUGGGACGCUCUAAAUCCGCUCUUGGAAAGGCUCGACCGAUGUCAGUCCAGGCGGGAGCGAGAUAUGACCUGACACGUGACUCCGAGAGUCCACGGUCUUCGCUGGAUAUGUCCCGCCUGCAAUACGAGGGCGGCGCGCCACUACGCUCAGUGCGUACCGAUGUGGACCGUGAGUCUGAUCGGACUAUUUCCUCUGACGUCGACUACCUACGCGCGAUGGAAGAAGAAGAGAGCAAUCGGAAGCGCGAAAAACGCUCUAGUGGUAGUCACAAACACAACAAGCGCGGUAGUCUGUCUACUUUGUCGCUUUCAGGAGGCAAGAACAUAUUUGCCGGUCGAUUCGGCGACGCAUUCCGCCGAUUCGAGGCGGGCAACCAAGAAAAAUUAUCGUCGCCAUCGGCAGAGGAAGUGCCUCGACAGGGUCUGAUUGGGGCGUCGGAUUCAGCCGACGAAAGUCUUUCGCCAAAUGACGAGAUUGCCUUGGAAGACGUCGACCGGGACGACAUAUCACCGGAAAUGCGUCGGGAGCUGGAACGCCGCCGACUCUCCCAAGAGGAGAAACGAGUUGCCAAUGCCGCAGCUGAGUACCGGCGCCGGGUUGCCGAAACGGGCGACGGGGGUGGAAGAGCGAUAGGCGAUGGCGCACGCUCCCGCACCAUUCAGAAUAAGGUACAAUCGUUGUUUGGAGAGUCUGAAAAACCGACCGUUCCAAAGACUGCCACUGGGUAUGGACGGUUCACGGAGACUUCCUCUUCUUUGCAGGCAAAGCAGAGUGAGGCCAAGCCCACCACCUCCAGCCAGCUGUCCGCGUCUAACACAUCUGGCCCCACCUACACUCCUCGUGAGGGUUCAAUGACAGUCCCGGAUCGCCUAGACGACCCCAAGAUCGGUGUCCCGCAAUCUGCCCCCCCUACCAGUUACCCAUCCACGCAACGUCCCGCAAAUCGACCAGCUGCACCACCCAAACCGAAGAAUUUGCGCGUUGGCACAGCCACCUCGCGACCGGGUACUGGUCAUGGCCAUGGUUCCUCCGAAGAGGCUCCGGCAAGCCCUGGAGAGGACUGGGAGGCCAAAUUCAGCCAGCGUUUCCCAAGCCUGUCCGGACUUGAAAUGGAGACAGAGAUCAAGAUCCCAAAAAUUUCUAGCUUGAGGACGCGGGAAGUGUAG